AUGGACUCUGCUGGUAUUCCUCAGAUUGACGAUGCUUCUGUGUUUCGAUAUGUCGCGGAAGGUGCCGCCAACGUUCUCUACGAGUGCUCCGAUCCUCUCUACUCUCAAUACCUAUUACGUCUGAGAAAGAAAAUGCCGUCUCAGCCGUCGACUCUUUCCGUUUACAAGUUUCUGCACGACACGAUCGGCCCGCUUUUCGACCCCGGCAUGAUCGUCGCAACGAAACUCGUCCGUCUCUCGCCUGCAGUCCUGCAGCAGCUCAACGGAGCGCUUGUCGGACUCGAGCAAGAUGGUACACGGGAUAAAAAGCGGCAUGGGACUGUGCUCGAUGUGGAUGAGCAGUACGGCGUCUUUGUCGAGAACAUGACUGCUACCGCUAGCACUGCUCGCGGAGGUGCUGCCGCGCUGCCUAUAUUGCAAGACGUUCGCUAUAAAAUAAAAGGCAGUAGCUCCGUCAUCGGGUACGUUCAAAGAGGGGACAAGAGUGGCGAGGUUCAGGAAGUCGCGGUGCUCGAAUUCAAGCCAAAGUGGCUUGCGCAGUCCAGAGACGCUCCGGCGGAAUGGACCUACUGCCGCACCUGCGCUCUGCGGCGGAUGCGCGCAAAAGACGCCGCAAACAGCUACCAAUUCUGUCCGUUUGAUUUGGUGUCGGGGGACAGGGAACGCGUGUCUAAAUGUGUAAACGCACUGCUCCCGAUCGAGGCCGAGGAGAGAAUCGGACAGGGGUCGCGAUGUCUAGAUGUACAGAGAUUAAGACGAGUGAUGGUUGACUUUGUGCUAAACACGGGGAUUUUUGAGCGAUUGAAGAUGAUUCAGGAAAAGAUGGAUAGGAAUGGACUGCUGGGAGAUGGAAAUGACAACGACGAGAAGGAGCAGGACUCGACUGAUUUCUUGAUUGCAAUGACUGUGCGCGACUGCACUGCGUUUGUGCGAAUCAGCGCCGCUGCCGAGUCGGACCUUCCUUCUGAGGCAAUCAGCGGCCCGACUCCGACGUAUGUUAAAGGCAAAGACGCCAGGGUUUUCUAUGUCAGAGACGAGCAGGAAUGGUUUGCAGUCAGCUGUCGCCUUGCGGAUCUGGACAUCAAGGACGGCAGCGGGACAAAACGGGAGUACUGGAAGGGCAUAGAGCGCGAGUUGAAUGUGGGCGGGUGGUACUGCGGCCACGACGCGAAGCUGGCCGAGUGCAGAUGA